UCUGCCCACGGAGGAAGCAUGGGCGUCCAGGGCUUCCAAGAGUUCCUGGAGAAGCGCUGUCCCGGGGCUGUGGUGCCUGUGGACCUCCUCAAACUCGCGCGCACCGUCUCGCGCCAGCAGCAGCAGCAGCACCUGCACCGCCAGCUGCCGCCGGCAGCCCUAGCGCCGGGGGCUCCACGCAUCACCAGGGGCUCCGCUCCUCUGCCGCCGCCGCUCCCGCCCGCCGCCUUUGGCCCUUACUCCGGGGGCCCGGGGCCGACUCGGCACCAUCACCCUGCUCACCAUUUCCACCAUCACGGCCAAGCGCCGCCAGGGCUGCAUCCGCCGCCGCCCCCUCCGCUGCCUGGGGCUCGGGUAUUGGUAGACGCGGGCUCGGCGCUGCCGCGGCUCUAUGGUGGCUACCAGACGGAUUGGGUUUGUGGCGGCCAGUGGAAUGCCAUGCUGGGCUACUUGUCAGCGCUGUGCCAGGCUUGUGCCUAUCCGGGCGGCGACGGCCUGGAGCUGGUGGUCAUGUUCCCUGGGGGCCUGGGGAAAGACCGACUGGCCGAAUGGGGCCGUCGGUGCCAGGCGGAGCGGCAGACUGCGCAACUGAUCGUGGGACACGUGGGCAACAAGGGCACCCCUCCACCGCGGGCCUGGUUCCUGCCACCUGCCUGCCUGAGCCACUGCGUGAGGCUAGCACUCAUCCGCUUCCGGGUCAAGGUCUUUCAGAGCCUUGAAGACCACCAUUUGGAAGUGGUGGCUUUUUUUAGGGAAAAUGGCUUUCAUGGCCUUCUUGCUCAUGACUCCGAGUACGCGCUCUACAAUAUUCCGUCUUACUACAGUUCCCAUGCGCUGAAGCUCAGCUGGAAUGGGAAGAACCUCACAACCAACCAGUUCCUGAUGCAGGAAGUGGCCAAGCAGCUCGGUUUGAAGCGAAUGAAUUUUCCCAUAUUUGCUGCACUGCUAGGUAACCACAUUCUACCAGAUGAGGACUUGGCUGCUUUUCACUGGAGCCUUUUGGGACCAGAACAUCCUCUUGCAUCACUUAAGGUCCGAGCCCAUCAGUUGGUCCUUCCACCUUGUGAUGUCGUGAUCAAGGCUGUUUCUGAGUAUGUCAGUUCCAUCAAAGACCCCUCAAACCUGGAUGUGGUUGGGAAGGAUGUUUUCAAACAAUCUCAGUCUAGGACAGAAGACAAAAUAGAACGAUUCAAGAAAGCAGUUGAGUACUAUUCAGUCACAACCAAACUCUCUUCACUGCCAAUGGGUCCUUCCUUUCUAGGCUUUCGAAAUAAUCGGCUUGGAAAUCCUCCUAUUCCACGGAAUCAAAUGGGCCCUAUUUCUACUGGAAAGCCAAUGUUUUCUCGCCAGGUGCCCCAGAAAAUGAAAUAUCCACCACCAUUUCCAAUGGGACCCAACUCGUCUCUUCUCUUCUCCCAUAAUGUGGGGGAAUCCCAUGCUUUCUCAGAGGAUCCCAUGCUACAGGACAGUUCCUUUACCAAUUGGGCUGUUUCUUAUGACUCUUCUACACCCCAGUUUCCUAACUGCCUGCCUUCUAAAACUUCACCUCCUUUGGGACCAGAUUCUUCCCACUCCUCCUCCUCUGAGGGUGAUGAGGCAAAUGGAGCUGGUUCUGAUCACAACACAGAAGCACUUCAGCACCAGCCUGGAUGGGAAGAUCCCAGUGGUGACAGAGGGUCUUGGGUACAGCCUGUUGAUGCUGGAGUUUCGGAAACUAGCGUAGGUGAUGGUGAACCUCACAUCCCAUCUCUGUUAUCUAUGUCUACAAGGAACCACAUGGAUAUCACCAUUCCACCUUUACCUCCAGUAGCUCCAGAAGUCUUGAGGGUUGCUGAACACAGACACCGAAGGGGUCUUAUGUAUCCAUAUAUUUACCAUGUCCUUACUAAGGGUGAGAUUAAAAUCCCUGUAUGUAUUGAGGAUGAGUGUAACAUGGAGCUGCCUCCAGCUGCUCUCCUUUUCCGGUCAGCUCGCCAAUAUGUGUAUGGAGUUCUUUUUAGCCUAGCAGAGGCACAGCGAAAAGUGGAGCGUCUGGCCAUACGGCGACGGUUACCCAUGGAAGUUCCUUCUGUGAUCCUUAAAGAGUGGUCUGCCUAUAAGGGGAAGUCACCUCAAACACCUGAGCUGGUAUCUGCACUCACAUUUCGGGAAUGGACUUGCCCAAACCUCAAGAAGCUCUGGUUAGGCAAAGCAGUUGAGGACAAGAACAGGAGGAUGCGGGCUUUCCUGGCCUGUAUGAAGUCAGACACGCCCAGUAUGCUCAAUCCAGCUAAUGUCCCCACCCACCUGCUGCUCAUGUGCUGUGUGCUCCGAUACAUGGUUCAGUGGCCUGGUGGUCGAAUCCUGCAUCGCCAUGAACUUGACACCUUCCUUGCACAGGCUGUGUCUACCCAGCUUUAUGAACCAGAUCAGCUUCAAGAACUCAAGAUUGAGAAACUGGAUGCUCGAGGGAUCCAGCUUGCUGCCCUGUUCAUGAGUGGGGUCGACACAGCUCUGUUUGCCAAUGAUGCAUGUGGCCAGCCAGUCCCUUGGGAGCACUGCUGCCCCUGGAUUUACUUUGAUGGCAAGCUGUUCCAGAGCAAGCUCAUUAAAGCAGGCCGAGAGCGAGUGUCCCUGGUUGAACUCUGUGAUGGCCAGGCUGACCUGGCAAGCAAAGUGGAGAAGAUGAGGCAGAGCAUCCUUGAAGGCGUCAACAUGAAUCAUCCACCACCUUCUGCUCUACUUCCGUCACCUACGUUUGUGCCUCCCAUGGUGCCCUCUCUCUAUCCUGUUUCUCUUUAUUCCAGAGCCAUGGGCUCAUUUCCGCCUCCCCCUCAAGCAAGGAGUCGGGGAUUUGCAGGUCUCCAUCCAAUCCCACCCCAAGGCGGAAAACUGGAAAUUGCUGGCAUGGUGGUGGGCCAGUGGGCUGGCAGCAGAUCUUCUAGAAGUCGAGGAUCCUUUGGCAUGCAAGUGGUUUCUGUCGGUGGGCCAGGAAAGGGGCAUGGAAAAGAACAGGCUGGUAGAGGAUCCAAAGGUCACAAAAAAGGAAAUAAACAAGGCUCUGCAGAUGCAAUUUCUAAGUCCGUGGAGCUUCAUCCAGGUCGGGCCCGCUCCCAGGUGAAUGGAAACAACAGCACAUUGAUUAUGGAAGAGAAGAGUGAUCAUCUUCCAGCUCCAUCACAAUGCGCCUUAUCCAAAGACAGUACCGUGUGUAAUAAUGAUGACCACUGCCUCCCCGUGAAGAAUGGAGAGAAGAACCCCGUGCAGGAGCAAGAGCUAGAAACUGUGGCCCAGCAGAAAGAGGAAUGACAAACUGAAGCCAGCUUCACUUGUCAGGGAGAGGAGAAAACUAUACUUUUCUGAUUCUAGGCCCAAGUUAGAGGAGGAUAGAUGUUUCCCCUAGUUUUAGCCAGGAUUUGAAGGGAAUACAUAUUUAUCAUAUCCAUCUUUGCUUCCCUGUCUUCUCUAGCUCCAGACUUAGAGAGCCUGGGAGAUUUCUGGUUAAAGAUGACUAGCAACAAGACUAAACUCAGAUUCUCAAAUCCAUAGCACCAAUAUUUCCUUCUGUCUCCUGGAAGUCUAGUGAGGCAGUGGCUACCAGAAAGCAGAUCUUCUCCCAGAAGUACGAUGGGUACGGUCUGGCUUUGGUUUUCUGAGUAUUGAAUGUGAUACUCACUUAUAAACUCAAAUGAUCAGUAAGGGGUUGAAGGGAAGCUGCCCAGGGCUUCCUGAGCUUUUGUCUUUAAGGUGAUGGAAGCUCGGUACCUAGCCGUUAUCCUCCUUUCUCUUUCCCUAACUCGCC